GCGGUGCCGCAGGCAGCAUGUCGCUCAUUAUUUACUUUCUCUCUUGCCGGGUAGCCUUUCAGCUUGGUAGUAACAAUGGCUCAGUGUUAAUGCAUUAUGGCUGACCAGCGGAAUUAUAGCGCUGACCGAAGCAGGCGACACGAUGAAAGAUAUUUACCAGACCUCGAGCUAAGCUGCUCAGCUCUUUUAAAGAAACGCGAGGAAUUAAAGCACACAGGUGCGUCUGUCUUCAGCCAAAGUCUGGAGACGUUUUGGAGAACUGCCUCGUAGAACUGGGUGGUUCAUGAAAGUUGUAUUGCUGUUUUUUUUUCAGUUAACUAUUUCGGGCUCGCGACAUGGCUCUAUCCCAGCUUCAGUGCCUGGAUGAUAACCACGUGAACCCGCGGACGCACGAGUCCAAGCCCGAGUUCUUCUACUGUGAGGACCAGCGGCUCGCGCUGGAGGCUCUCCUGCGGGAUGGUCGCGAGGCGUUCUUUAAAUACCUGGAGGCUCGCGGCCUCCGGGGUUUCCUCUCAGACCCGGAGCUGGAAGCUCUCACCGGCGCCGUCGAACCCUAUGACCCGGGCUUGGAGCUGUUCUCGGGGGAUGCCGAAGACGUGCAGACCCCGCUGUCGCUUCACUACUGGCCAGAGCUGUCGGACACGUCCAUCCCGCAGAUGGACCUGGGCUGGCCCGACAGCGAUGCGUACCGGGGGGUGACGCGCGCUACGGUGUACACGCAGCCGCCGCUGGAUGGUCACGCUCACAUCAAAGAGGUUGUCAGAAAAAUGAUCGCACAGGCGCAAAAGGUAAUCGCAGUGGUGAUGGACGUCUUCACUGAUGUCGACAUCUUCAGAGAUUUGCUUGAUGCUGGUUUCAAAAGGAGAGUUUCUGUUUACAUCCUGCUGGAGCGUGCAACGCUACCUCAUUUCUUGGCCAUGUGUCGGAGGGCCAACAUGCACGCCGGACACCUCAAGCACCUUCGUGUCCGCUGCUCAGAAGGAGCGGAGUUCUACACGAGGUCCUGCACCAAGGUCAGAGGGCGAAUGGGUCACAGAUUCAUGUUCGUUGAUGGAGACAAAGCUGUGUCUGGGUCGUACAGCUUCACUUGGAUGGCCUCGCGUCUGGAUAGGAAUCUCAUCACCGUGGUUACAGGCCAGGCUGUGGAUGGCUUCGACCGACUGUUUCGCUUCCUCUAUCUGUCCUCCAGUUCUGUUGACCUCCGGCAGACCAUCACAGAGCCUGAACCUGAGCCGGAACCCCUCCCACAGCCCGCCCCUGUCAUACCCCCUUCUGCUGAGAUUGCGAGGAAGUUGUACAGCCCAAAAUAUGCCCUGGUUGCUUUGACCAACCCCGGCCCCACCACCUCUGUUAACCAAGAAAGCCCCAAAGAACCCCAAAAUCCAGAGAACUCCAAGAAGAAGAGGCGAGGCAAGGCUAGUGAAGAAUCGACAAAAGAAUCUCCUCCUCUCCAUCCUGGAUUAAUAAAUCUAGAAAAAGCAUGCUUAAUCGCAUACCUGCCCACAUGGCCAGAACCUGACCCCCCCAGUGAUGUCAUAGGGUUCAUUAAUGUUCGGGAUGCCAAAAAACCAACUCAAGUCCACUUGCAGCGUUCAGAGAUGUUUGAAACCAGCCAGGCGAUCAGGUUUAGCAGUCCAUUCAGCAGCACAAAGGAAUCCAAGGAAGAAGUCGCCAAGCCCACACAGGCGACUCCUAAACAAGAGGAGGUGAAUGCACUCCAACCAGCACAGGCUAAAUCCAUGGUUGAUGAUGCUGUAGAAAAAGCACAGCAAGCACAACUCAGUGAUGUCACACAUAACAAAGAGGCAUCUGAACAGAAAUCACCUGCAUCUGAGGAAAAGUCUGACCUGCAGUCAGACGCCGCUAAUUCUGUCAGCCCCAAGAAUAAAUUUGAUUUAAGCACAACCACUAACCAAGAGGCAGGCCUUGAUACUCCCCUCGGUGCACAAACACUUCCCCAAUCCAGCAGCGAAGCACCCGCUUCUGACGAGGGGAAGAUUUCCCACGCAGAACAACCCGUCUCAUCAAACAGUCACGCUGAGUCAGGCUCGCUCCCAGAAUUAAACACAGAAAAGGAAGCAGAACCUACAAGUAGAUUGAGCACACAAAGUUCUGCUGUGCACAGGACACACACCCCAACACCAAACGGUGCACACACCCCUCAGAUUCCCAACUCCCCAGAAUUAAACACAGAACAAGGUACGAAAGAAAAGACCCCACCACCACAGGCGGAUUCACAAACACGAGCUGUUCACAAGCAACCGCAAAUCUCUACUGAAGUGGCUUCUAGCAUCCAGACUCCAACUGUCCACAGCAACAUUUCCACCUCCCUGGUUUCUGCCACACAGUCUAAAAAUAACCACAUUCCUAUUACUACAGUGCACUCAAGCACAUCUUCUAGCGCUUCUGUUCCCUCCACCAGCUCCUCUGCCCUUCCUCCUCUAACUUCUUCCGUUACAACACCAAAUCCACCCCUCCCUGCAUCCUCUUCUUUGACCCCAGCUCCCCCUAUCCCUAAACCUCGUACCAUACAGAUAGUUAUGAGUGACAGCAGCACCAGCAAUGGGCAGAAACUGCCGGAGAUCCGUCUUGUUAGGAGGCCCGAGGCCAGCACAGGGCCCCUCGUGGCCCACAGUGCGUUUGAUGUGGCAGCUGUUGAGCAGACAUCUCUGGUAAAAGAGUGUCAAACUGUCCCUGAGCUGCAGGACGACAGUACCAGUAAGGCAGGGGCACAAAAAGACACAGAGAACACAGGGAAUCCUGAAGAAACUUCAAAGCAAGAAUCUAAAGAGACAAGUGUGGAAGCAGAUGAGCAAGACGAUGACGGAGCAGCAUCCCAGACGGUCGCUGGAAGCGAGCUGCACAAGUCAGACGCUUUGAUUAAUGAUGCACCAAAGGCAGCUGCAUUGAAAAUUCAAGAAAUCAUUCCAAAAGAUGUUGACCUCAAAACUUCCAAAGAUUGCAGGAUUAUUGGGAAGAUGGACGCACGCUGUAUAGCAACAGCGCAGGCAGAUACAGCGAGCCCUGAAAGGACUCUGACAGGCUCUGAAUCUGGUGACGUGUCAGACAGAAAAGGUGAAAAUGUGACACAGUGCAGAACAUUUCUCGCAAGAGUACAUGAACCCCAAAGGAUAUCAUUUUCUAAACCACAGGACAUGGAUCAGAUGGAGGCUCUGAAUUCUUCGACAGCGCCAGUGUUCUCGACCUCAUGUCUGCGACCUCAUAACGGCGAUGGCGCACACACAUCUGCUACAGACACCCACAGCCAGCAAGCUUUCACACGCUUCACCCAAACCUCAAAAACAGAGGGUCCAACGUAAUCCGAAUUUCUUUGAUAAUAUGUCAUCUCUUCACAAAACGUCAACCAGACCACCGCAACCACUGGUGACGGGUACUGUGGGAUCUAUAGCCGGACGGAAACGGGUCUCCCAAAGCCAGCAGAGCCAGGAUUCAGCAGCACAGAACCAAACUCCUUAUCCAAACUCCUCCUUAUUCCAUAUGAACCCACAGAUCCAGCUCAGUACUCAGUCUCACAACCAGACGGCAUCUGGACCGGAAGUGCAGGAUGGGAGAACUCCAUUUAACUUGAGUUUCAGCCGGCUGUACAACCUUAAGGGGAUGAAUGGCAAAGUGAACAAGACUCCAGCACACAGUAAAAGAGGCAGUGUGGCCACUCCAGCACAUGAGAGUAAAACCACCAGUUAACGUGGUCACUGGUCAUCACGUCUUUUUAAUGUUACUGCGUCAGGCGAAAUCACCACUGGGCCAAUGUUUAUAUACCAACACAUGUUGUUACCUCUUUCUUGACUCCUCGUGUUGUAUGACUAAUUUUUCAUGUCUGCAUUUAAACUCGUGGAGAUUUAUUUUUCAUAUUUAAAUCCAGCUGCCUGCCAGUUUACAGCGAGCUUUCUUCCCCGGGAGGUCAUGACUUCAGGUGCAAUAAAAAGACUAGACCAGAGUUUGCAUACAUUUUUAAUAACUUGGAUGAGGAAACUGAAAUAGUGUGUUUUCAACCUCAGGCGUCAGUCAAAAAAAACAAACUCUUACAUCAAUCAGCUCUUUGACUUACUGUAUUUAAACAUGCUGCACAUAUACAGCGGAUAAAGCAAAAAGAAAAACAAUAUAUUAUUGGCAUUACUGGAUGACUCCCAUAUGUUUUUGUGGAUUAACGUACGGCUUCAAUAUCGUAUUUUCUAUUUUUUAAAAUUUUUGCUGUUUGAUUAAUGGGGAUUGAUGAAAAUGUACGUUAAUAGUGUUUAAAACUGGUACACACCUAACUGCAUUUACAUAGGACUAUAUUAUAUACCAUAUUAAAGUUCCGGCUGUUAUCUAACAUUACUUUACAGUUAAUAAAGAAAACGCUCAGCAUUUUGUGACUUUUUUUUUACAGCAAUCUGGAGCAUUUGUCCUGAAUUUGUAAUAUAUUUUUUCUCCUCUGUAUAUCUGUACAUUCAAAAAGGGGGUGCAUGUUAAAAAAGUGAAAACAAUUAUAAUUUUAUUUAGGUCAUUUGGUAUUGUUACACUGAAAGGCUAAAGAGCAGUUUUCUUUUUUUCACA